GCGGCGACGACUGCGAAUAAAAGAGUGGCAGAAGAGCAUGUUCCCGUCUGGUUGCCGCCUCCUCCCGUUCCCGCACUGCCCCUCCGCGUCGGCGCCGCCUCCCGCUCCCACGACCGUCCGCGCGCGGCUUCAGCCUCUCGGCGGCGGGCGGAGGCAGCGCGGGUCCGCGGCGGUGGUGAUGGCGGCCGGCGACGCGCGCGUGGCGCACAUCGCGUCCUCCAUCCGCGUCAUCCCGGAUUUCCCCAAGCCAGGGAUCAUGUUUCAGGAUAUCACGACGUUGCUCCUCGACCCGAAGGCCUUCCGUGACACGAUCGACCUCUUUGUCGAGCGGUACAAGGACAAGGGGAUCACUGUGGUUGCUGGUGUUGAAGCUAGAGGAUUUAUUUUUGGUCCUCCUAUUGCUUUAGCCAUAGGUGCAAAGUUUGUACCAUUGAGAAAGCCAAAAAAGUUGCCAGGUGCGGUGAUCUCUGAAGAAUAUUCUUUGGAAUACGGCACUGACAAAAUGGAGAUGCAUGUAGGAGCUGUAGAGCCCAAUGACCGGGCGCUUAUUGUUGAUGAUCUUAUUGCUACUGGUGGAACAUUGUGCGCGUCUGUCAACCUUCUUGAGCGUGUUGGUGCAAAGGUGGUUGAGUGUGCUUGUGUUAUUGAACUGCCAGAAUUGAAGGGCCGGGACAAGCUAGGGGACAGGCCAGUUUUUGUCCUUGUGAAAGCAGACUGAGCGGGAUGAGACACAACUUAGGAAUUCUCAAAGUGCGCCCUGUUGAUUUUCCCUCUCCGGAACCAUUCUGGAAGCGUUACAGCGUUGGCUUGUUCCUAGCUGAUGCAUAAUAAAGUAAAUCUUUAAAUAUGUGAGGGCAUGGAUUAUUUGUCAAUGUAGACACGAUUGCUGGUCCUUGUAAUCUGUGUCUUAUGUCUGUCCAAACAGUGCCAAUUGUUCACUUCAAUUAAGGAUAAUACUUAUUGGAGUUUGUUGCCGUUGCUAGUAA